UAUCGUAUGUUGGAGGAGUGUGCACAAAAGAAAAAAUCGGAAUGGGCGAAGAUAUUGCCCAGUCCUACAAGGGCGUCUUUACGAUGGCGCACGAGCUGGCUCACACCUUGGGUGCACAGCAUGACCAGGUGGGACACAGGGAGUGUCCAUGGUCUGCCGGAAGCCUGAUGAGUUACGUCGACGGCGGAGAGAACAGAUAUCGCCUAACUCCUUGCAGCAAGAGGCAGAUAAGGAAUGUCAUCAGCAAACUGCCGCAAAGGUGCCUAAUGGAAACUUCGAGAAAAAACUACAUGGUGCACCCAGGCACCCUGCCGGGGAAUAUGAUAUCCGCUGAUCUAUUCUGCAAGUUGUAUUUGAGGAAAAAAACUAACUCGCCACAGCAGUACACAAAAAUAACUCCCGGAUACAGCAAAAAGUGCAAGAUGCAAUGCUGCUACGUCACGGGUCGUCUAACGUGGUGCUACGAAGUGGAUAUACUGGACGGUAUGUCGUGUGGUGAAGGAAAGACUUGCUGGAAGGGAGCGUGCAGAAGGCGGCACCCGAGGUAGUGAAUCUGAGUCAUCGAAACGCCACGUGAAACCUG